CUCGGGGCGCGGGGCGCGCGCGCGGCGGGGCGGCGGGAGUCGGGGGUCCGCGGGAGGGCCGGGCCCCGGGCGCAGCGAGGGGGCGAGGAGAGGGGGCGGCGGCCCCUGGCUCCCCUCGGCGGCCAGCCCCGGAGCGCGGCGAGGAGCGGCCCGAAAAGAGCAGGAAAUCUUGUUUACCGCCCGCCGCGAGGAGCCGAGCGAGCCUUUGUCUGGGGAGGCGGCAUCGCCGGCGCCGGCGGCGAUGUGUUCCCGGUGACAUUAGCCCCGGGCAGAGCGGCCGGAGCGGCGGGGCGGCCGGCUGGCAGCCCGCCGUGCCAGGCGGGUCCACUGGGGGACUUGUGUGCAAUCGUUUGAAUUUGGGGCAUUCCUUUUUUUCUUUUUUUUUUUUUGCACCCCACCCUCCUCCUCCUCCUCCUCAUUCUCCUCCUCCUCUCCUCCUCUUCGCCCUCCUCCUCCUCCUCCUCCUCCUCCUCCCUCCUCCACCCCGGCUACAACCUCGCCCGCCGCCGGGCAUGCCCUGAUCUGGCGGCGGCUGCGGGUCGGAACCGUGCGCUGCUGCGGGGCGCGCUCCCCGCUUUGCCUGACUUUGCAACCAGCGCGAUCCGGGCCGGACCGAGCCCAGGGGCGGGAGCCCGUCGACAGCCCGAUCCGAAGCCCUGACAUGCUCCCCGGCCGCCGGCAGGAGGAGGAAGCCCGCCGCUGAGCGCACCCGCCGGGGCAGCCUCGCCUAACCGACCCCCCGAGCCAGCGCGGGGCUCCCGGGUGGCCGCCGCCUCGCCUGCCGCUCCCGGGAAGGAGGGGCGCCUCGCCACACACCGCGCAGCCCGGCCCGGGGCGGGGGACCCUCGGCCGCCACGACCAUGCUGCUGAAGGAGUAUCGGAUCUGCAUGCCGCUCACCGUGGACGAGUACAAGAUCGGGCAGCUGUACAUGAUCAGCAAGCACAGCCACGAGCAGAGCGACCGCGGGGAGGGCGUGGAGGUGGUCCAGAACGAGCCCUUCGAGGACCCGCACCACGGCAAUGGGCAGUUCACUGAGAAGCGCGUCUAUCUCAACAGCAAACUGCCUAGCUGGGCUCGAGCUGUUGUUCCCAAAAUAUUUUAUGUCACCGAGAAGGCUUGGAACUAUUAUCCCUACACCAUCACAGAAUACACAUGUUCCUUUCUGCCGAAAUUCUCCAUCCACAUAGAGACCAAGUAUGAGGACAACAAAGGAAGCAACGACAGCAUUUUUGACAAUGAAGCCAAAGACCUGGAGAGGGAAGUUUGCUUUAUUGACAUCGCGUGCGAUGAGAUUCCAGAACGCUACUACAAAGAGGCCGAGGAUCCUAAACACUUCAAGUCCGAGAAGACAGGCCGCGGGAAGUUGAGAGAAGGCUGGAGAGAUAGCCACCAGCCCAUCAUGUGCUCCUACAAGCUGGUGACCGUGAAGUUCGAGGUCUGGGGGCUACAGACCAGAGUGGAGCAAUUUGUCCACAAGGUGGUUCGAGACAUCCUCCUGAUCGGACACAGACAGGCUUUCGCGUGGGUGGAUGAGUGGUACGACAUGACGAUGGACGAAGUGCGGGAGUUCGAGCGAGCCACUCAGGAAGCCACCAACAGGAAAAUCGGCCUCUUCCCCCCCGCGAUCUCCAUCUCCGGCAUCUCCCUGCUGCCUUCCUCCGUCCGCAGCGCCCCGUCCAGCGCGCCCUCCACGCCUCUCUCCACCGAUGCGCCCGAAUUUCUGUCCGUCCCCAGGGACCGGCCCCGGAAAAAGUCGGCCCCAGAAACUCUCACGCUGCCCGACCCCGAUAAGAAAGGCACCCUGAACCUGCCCUGUGCACACUCCUCCGAGAAGCCAUGUCGGCCCAAGUCAGAGUAACUUCCCCAGACCCCCCCGGGGGUUUUCUAUUUUUUGUUGUGGGGGGCGGGGGGGGGGAGGGCACGGAGGGAAGAGGGCGGGGGGAUUGUUUUAAGAAAUCAUCUGAUAAAGAACAAGACUGCUUUGUCACUCAAACCUGUCCCCUUGAUCUGAGUGUGCAUGUGAUUAAGUAAUUUCACAUAGAACACGAGUCCCUCAGUAUAACCGCACCACAUCCUAUUAGCUGUAAGACUGGAGAACCGCCACGCAGAGAAACGCAACAGAGGCCGCCGGCAGGAAGCCAGGGACCCCCCGGAGUCUUGUGGUCGCUGGGCAUUCGAUGAGGAGGGUGUGGACUACAGGGGCAAGGAAGUAGAAGCUUGGCACCACUGGCUGAGGCGGUUUGGUAGGAAGACGUCAGUCCCUUUGCUCCCCUGGAACCUCAAAUUCUCAAAAAUGCUACUCAGGCAUAACAGCACACCUAAAUGGUUCAAUUUUGACCACUUCCUCUCACCGAUACUUGAAUACCAAUUGUUUCUGAGAUUCCUAUUUUGAUUAGUCUGACUCAGGACGUGGGGCCUCGUUCACGUAAAAUUUUUUGAGAAUUUUAAUGAUCAACCUAGAGAGGCUCCAAGUGCCAUUUGCGAUCACACGUUUAUACCUUUCACAAUUUAAUAAGAGACCACCUAUUUCUGUCUUUUAAUAACUCCCCCCCUGCGUGCCCGCGUGGCCUCAGAAAUCUUUAAAGAGUUGUCUGGGUGGGUGUAACCAUGCUGAUGGGUCUGGGAACGCUUUGGUUUAAGCGCCAAGAGACCCAGAUGGCGCACCAUCUUUUCCUCUACAGAUAUUAACGACCCUUAACCUCGUCAGCUUCUAUUUAAAGGUUCUCAGAACUUGCAAUUCAUUGAGUAGAAUUUAUUGAGGAUUUGUCCAUUCAGAGAAGUCCAAGGGUAGAGAAAGGCAACUGUGCUUUUAGACUGUCAAAAUGUCUGGCUUAGAAACCCUGAUAGAAGAGCAUCUCCUAGCCUCUCACUGCUUUUACUCCUAAUAUCAUCUAGGUGUCACCGCAAGUGGUUGCCUGUCACUGGGCUUUAGAAAAACCGUCACUCUCUUGAUCCUUACUUGGAAUUCAAGUGGAGGGCGAGCCAUGAAGUGGGAAGAGAGAAUGAGCAGAAUUGCUGGCGUUCAUUAGAUAAAGAGGGGUGACGCAAGGCACACCUCAAUCUUUCUUUUUCCCUGAGUCCUGUGUUAACAGAAGGUUCAGAAGCAAGGUUGAUGAAGGCAAAAAUCAGUCACCAAAGUGGCAAGAAAAUUCUCCAUCUAAAGUGAAAAAAAAAAAAAUCUGUCACCUCUGCACCUCACUGCCUUUAAAUGCAGAUGGAGAGAUGAGCAGAAUCUGUCAUUUGCUUAUGUCCUCCUAGGGAGGAAGAGAAUAAAGUAAUUAAUCGGGCAACUCUGAGGCCCCAGCUAGCCUUCCUGAUUUAACCUCCAACCUCAGGAAAGGGUCCUUCCCAAAACACAGAUUCCAAAGGAAACAGCAGAGACCCAGGUCACAGUCUCUCCUCACAGCCACUGGGCCAGUGGACCCAGCCUGCUCCUGUCUCAGUGCUCCACACUCCGCCUCGAGUCCUUCAAGUUGAUAAACUCUCCCAAGGUGCAGGCGCUGGCCCCAGGAUAUUCUAUGUCCUGGCUCCAAGUAUUCUAUGUCAGACCGUCAGAUCCUUUCUCUGUCUGUCGGCAGGCAUUUACCUUAAUACACACAACCUACCCAGAAUGCAAAGGAAGCCAGUUGCAAAUAGCUCAGCAUCGCAUCUCCUCACUCAAAAAUGAUCGCAUCGUAGGAUGACACCUUUGCAUGGUAUGGUAGCAUGAUUUUUGCUCGUAGGAAAAAAAAAACAACAAACCUAUCCUUCCUCAACUCCCUUGGAUUUCUCAGCAAUUCCCUUUCCACACAGUAGUGCUUAACAAGAAUGCAAAAUUCUAUUUUUAGAAGACAUUGACACCAUGUAUGCAUUAGCUUCCCGUUUGCAAGCUGAAGUCAGGAUGGGAAGGGAUCAUAAUUUUUCACAUAAGAGAUAGAUACUUCAUUGCAGGUUGCUAACCUAGCUGGCAUGUAGCGUUUCCUUUAAUACUGUUUUGAUUUUCCAUUUUAGUAAAGUAGCUUCUGCUAUCAAGGCCAACACUUCUAUAGACAUUUUAAAAAAAAAAAAGCUAAUUUCUGAUUUCCUGUGAGGUUUUCUUUCUCUCAUAGCCAGUACAGUACCACAGACAUUCAACCGCAAAGCUGCCGGUGAUAACAGUGUGAUUCUUAGCCAACCACGCUGUCUGCUUUCACAGUCUGUUCUGUUUUUCUGUCUAGAUGUGGUUGUGUGCAUUAAAGGGGGGUGGGGUGCAAAUAUUCCUUUAACUGCUUUGAAUAUUUAAUCCAGUCACCAUAAGGCACAAGUGACUCUAAUAUUUGAUCUGUGUUGAUUUUUCCAUGGCAUUCACAUUCUCCAUGAAUUGGGUUUUUUUUUUUUGUGGGAUGCAAGCCUGUGAUGAAUGUGUAUAUAAGGCAUUAAUCAUUUCUAUAAGAGAGGAAAUUAACUGGCUGCAUGAUGGAAACUUAGAAGAAGAAAAAAAAAGGCAGAAACUUGAAUUCAUUUAGCAUGUUUUGGGGGAACAUAGACUCUUUAACUCAGUGCCUCUGUCUGUAAUGUGGAAACCUUCAACUUUAUUCACCAAAAUUGUAUUAUACCCGUGUAUAUACAUAUAUAUAAAUAUAUAGCAUAGUGAAUCAGACACCACCGGUUUUAAGCCAAAUUGAUCCAUAGAAGAGCACAUUUUCACCCAAUUUUCACCUUUGAUAUCAGUGGAGACCAUCACAAUGACAUAAAUUUCAUUCCUUUAAGUAGAUUUCCAGUUUCAAAUGCCCUGGGCAUUUCCCUGUAGAACAGCAUUGGUUUGGCUGGGCCUUCCCAGCAGAGGCAGCUUUUAAGUGUUUUUACUGCAGAUAUUUUGUCUUCGGUCAGUUCUGAAGAUUGUUUUAUUUUCCUACGUGGGGACUGAAAGAGGGCAAAGGAAUGGCAUAACAACGAAGGAGGCUGGGACCUUUUAGAACCCUUCUCAGCCCAAGCAUCUGAGAUUCGGAAGAACUAAUUAUACACCAAGCGUUGCGGUUUCGCAUCCUGUAUUCCCCAUACAGGCUUUAAUGUAUUGGGAGGUAGUUCUCAGCCAUGUUUUUGACGGGGUAGAUAAAGAAGUGCACAGCUCUGGGUGUCUAAUGCAGUUAAAGGCACAAACAAAAAUCCCCCAAAGUAAUUACAUGGUAGGUUGCUGUUUCAGACACCGUAAUGAACAGUGACCUAGGAGAAUAGAUUCUGACACUUCUUAUGUCUCUUUUCUGUGAAAAUGUCAAGGCUCAUGCAUUGUUUGUACUUUUACAUCUUUACUUUUUCUUGGCCUCUUUUCAUGACUCAGAAACAACAAGGUCACUGGCGGCCUGGGAUCAAUACAAAUUUUACUUUCCUAAGGGCCAGAGGAUAAUUACUCUCCAUGUACCGUGGACUCAGAUAACCCUGUCGAGCAGAAUCGUCCGUUUAAUCUUUGUCCCUUUCUCAUCAUCUGGCUGAGUCGGCUCCGUGACAAUCUGCCAUCUGAACUAGAGUUCUUGGAAUUCAAAUGAAAAAAAAAAAAUCUGCCCAGUGACUAUCAUUGAUUGCUCACCACCGUUUAAAACUACUGAUUCUUACUGAAAUGGGAGUAUGAUCAGGCCUUGGCACGUGGAGGUAAAACGUAGCGGGUUCUUCCGAUUGUUGGCGCUUGGGACCUACGUGUUUAAGGUUUCAAGGCAUUAGCGCAAGAAGAGAAUGUCAAUCUGUGUGAGAGUGUUUCAGAUACUGUCCUUCACUGUGAUUUUGUCAUUUACCCUUGCUUUAGGAACAGCCUCUCGGGGUGUUUUGCUUUCAGCUAGAAGCACGUGUGUUUGAAGAGAUUCUCUGAGUGGUUUCACCUGUGCUACAUACCGGACGCUUCACGUGUGAUUUUUUUAAUGCUUAUGUUCCGAGCUGGCCUCCUCAUUGGUUAACAGCCCUCAGACCACUGCCACCGCUGACGCUUGUGAAUGCCCCGUAUUUGGACCACAGGCGAUGCCAGCCAAUGCUGACCUUCACCCAUGCCAUCCUUCUGUCAUGUUAUGGCUAUUCGUGGUUCUUUUUUUUCCCAGUUAUUUAUUAUUGUGAAUAACUUACUUUUUUCUUACAUACUGUUGUAAAUAAAGUACAAAGCAAUCUUC